AUGAUGACUGCCUCUUCCCCCAUUGAUGUUGCACCACAGCCUCCACCAGUGCCUAUCACAUCCACUGGCACUGGUAUCGCCAAUCUUCCUAACCAACGACACAAGAUCGUUGCAAAGAACGGUGCCAACUUUACGUUAAUGGUCUGUGGUGAAUCGGGUGUGGGUAAGACCACCUUUGUCAAUACUCUGUUCACGUCCACUAUCAAGGAACCAAAGAAUUUGAGCAAACGUCGCCUGCGUCCUGCAAAUAAAACGGUGCAAAUCCAAAUAACGAAAGCAGAACUCGAGGAAAAGAUGUUCAAGGUCAAGCUCACUAUCAUUGAUACACCAGGUUUUGGUGAUUAUGUGAAUAACCGCCAUAGCUGGAUUCCAAUUGUGGAUUUCAUUGAUGAUCAACAUGAAAAGUACAUGCGUCAAGAGCAGCAGCCAUGUCGGGAAGGAGUGGUGGAUAUGCGUGUACACGCUUGUUUGUAUUUCAUCAAGCCAACUGGACACACGUUGCGCCCCUUGGAUAUUGAAGUGAUGAAGCGCCUCGGCUCACGUGUGAACUUGAUCCCAGUGAUUGCCAAGGCUGAUACAUUGACACCGGCAGAUUUGGCCAAGUUUAAACAAAAUAUCCGUGCUGUCAUUGCUGCCCAAGACAUUCAAGUUUAUUCCUGCCCAAUCGAAAGUGAAGACGAGACAACCACCAAACGCAACGCCAACAUCAUGGCAGCUCUGCCAUUUGCUGUCAUUGGCUCCACCGAGGAUGUUGUCACACCCGAUGGCAGGCGCGUGAAGGGUCGUCAAUAUAGCUGGGGCUGUGCCGAGGUGGAAAACGACGACCACUGCGACUUUAGAAAGCUGCGUAGUCUCCUGAUCCGAACGCACAUGCUCGAUCUUAUCACCACCACUGAAGAAUUGCAUUAUGAGAAUUACCGCCAGGCACAGAUGGAAACACGCAAAUUUGGUGAUCCUAGAUCUCAACCUACUGAGAAUGCCAAGUUCAAGGAAGAGGAAGAGCAAUUACGCAAGCGCUUCACAGAACAAGUCAAGGCGGAGGAAUCUAGGUUCCGUAAAUGGGAACAACAGCUUUUGAGUGAAAGGGAUCGCCUCCACAAGGAGCUCGAAUCGCAAAGCGAGCGUAUCAAGGAACUACAGAAUGAGUUGGAUGCCUACUAUUACAGCCAUCAUAAUUCCCCUAGAUCCGUCAGAAAGUAG